AUGGAAGCGUCUGCUAGCGGUUUAGACGUCAAGGCUGUUGCAUUUGGCACCAAUGUCGAUGAAGAAAUCGCGCGAAUUUGGAAGGAUGUCGAGGCCCGCGUUGUGCAAAUGGCGGGCGGUAACCCAGCCAAAAUCAAGCAAGGGCUCGGCAUAGAUGAUGUACUAAAGUACCUGAACGAAGCUCAGGUCAAAGAUAAACAGGUAUCUGAAAAGUACGGGACUGUAAAGAAUAUCUUCAACCGAACCCUCCAGUGCAUCCAGACAGUGGGUGGUAUCGUCGCAGAUGGAGCCUCCUACGUCUUUUCUCCUGCUGGUCAAUGCUACAAUGCCCUCACCUUCGUCAUUCAGGCAUGGCAGGGGUAUGAAGGUAUUUUUGAAAGCCUUGCUGGGCUUCUCGAGAAGUGUAUCGAGUUUCUUGACCGUCUUGAAUACUACACCAAGCCGGCAAUGGACUCCAAGCUUACAAAAGUCGCCUGUCAGCAUCUCCAAAUCUUUGUCAAGAUCUGCGACCGCAGCCUUGGACUCCGAUCCAAGAGGAGCAAGUUUGCCGCCUUUAUGAAACAAAUGUUCCUAAACGACGAUGGUAUGCAGGGUCUCUUGAGCGAGAUGCAGAACCUUGUCGAUAAAGAACAUUUGCUUGUUUCAGCGCAGACAUGGAAGUCUAGCAACGAGGCGGCUGCUAAUUCGAGAGACGGUCUGCUACUAACUCGAAACGUGCACAACAGUUUGGUUGACGACAGAAACAAGAAGCAGCUGGAAGGUGAACGACUUAAAUGGAAGACGACCAUCGUUAACGCACUAGAUUUGAACCCUUCCAUUCUGAAGCCUGAUUCCCAAGCACCAUGGGAUAAGGCAUGGAAGCGAUACAAGGAGAACAGGUUCGAGGGAAGCGGUGAAUGGCUUAUUCAAGACCCUAGGUUUGCUUCCUGGGUCUCGGGCGAUCAAGGGUCGAAGCAAAUUUUGGCCCUCCAAGGUGAAGAAGGUGCAGGAAAGACACUUUUAGCCACAAACGUUCUGCUUCACCUGCGGAAGAUGCGAGGGUCUGGGCCCAAGGUUAUAAUCGCCCACAAUUUUCUUGACAAGGAUUCCAAAUCAACAACUAUUCAGGACGAUGCUCUUGACAUAUCCAGAAAUGUGAUGGGCCAGAUAGCUCUCGCUCAUGAUCCCAUCACAAAAAGCGUAGCGAAUAUCUGCGACAAGACGAAAGACUUCAGCAGCCCACUGGAGAUUUGGACUACACUUCUCCUCGACAAUCAAGACCUUUUGGCUAUGGAUCUCAACAUAUUCAUUGUUCUAGACGGUCUGGGUGACAACGCCGAGGUCCUCAUAAAAUUCUUGCAGAAGUUUUCUGAUAACCCUCUUAUUCAGCGGACCCGAAUUCUCCUCACUGGGAAGAAACAAUUGUUUGAAACCAUCAACAAGGCUGGCGGAGUGAAAAUGGAAAAGAUCGCUUUAGGCGAGACGAACAGCAAGGACCUUGAGAUAUAUAUCAACAAGCGCAUGGAUGAAAUGGAGAUUCUCAAAGACACUUCGAGACCAAGUGUUGCAGGCCUACGGCCCAAGAUUCUUAAAGACCUCCAGCUCUCUACGGAGGGAGAUUACUACAAGAUUGGUAGAGUACUUGACAAUAUCUCAACAGCAACUGAGGCUGAGGAAAUCAACUCGUUACUUGAGUCAGCAGGUGCCAUGCGCCCGGACCAAAUCGAGUCUGACAUUGAGAAGCUGAAUCAGACCCGCACCGCCAAAGAGAUUGCUGAAAUCAACGAAAUCAUCCUCUGGGUUAACGCUGGCAAAAGAUGGUUCAACCCGCUCGAGAUGGAGUCAGCACUUGCUUUAAAGGCUGGCCCCGGAGGGAGCACAUCACUCAUGUCGAUAAAGGCCAAGAUUGCAUCGAAGUAUAACAUCUUCUCUACCGAGUCAGGCUUUGUUGAUUACAAGGUGGAUAAUGUUGAGAAGAUGAUUCCGCUCAAGAAGCGAGAUGUGGCAGAUGAUCAGAGCACUAGUGGUUUCAAAGAGAUCCAGCCAGCCGAGGUCAACAUCAUCAAGCAUUACCUCUCAACAGUAUGCCCAAGUGAUCUGUACGCAAAGUUUGGCUUCGACCGAUUCUUCGAAUGCAAGAUGACACGCAAAGGCAAUUACAUCUGUAGAGACCCAGACAAUGCAGAAGCCACGAUGGUUCUACGCUGCAUAUCCUGUCUCGCGGAUGAGCGGACCAGCAAAGCAGGGAGACUCCUCUAUUACGCAUCCGGGUAUCUCCAACAGCAUCUGGAAGACGCCGACUUGUCAUUGACUGACCGGUCUAUCAAGGCUGAGGCAGGCAAAGACCUUGUCAGAUUGUUCACUGAGCAAUAUGCCUUGGACUCUUUAUUUGGUCUCCACUUGCCCUUCGAGGAUGCCUCAGACGUACUCUUUUCAGCGGAUGACAUCCCCGGCACUUGGGACACCUGGAUAUUUUCAGAUGAAGGAUUAGAUUCGAUUGCGAAAUGGUUUAAAGACUCGGCCGUCAAGGAGCUCGUCAAGGAAAAUGAGCUGAUCGUCUCUUUCGAAACUGGCAGCAAUCGCCAUCUAGCUUUAUUUGGUUUUGCUGCAACGACAGCGGCCCAGGACCUUUUCAUGAGAGAAACAACCAGACGUGAAGCUAUUCGGGCCUACGUUCUUCUCAGCGCAUUAUUGAACAAGGAACAAGCUACUACAGACAAAGAUUCUAUCGCAAAGGAGGGGUCCGGGACGACUAAGAAUGCUGAAAGCAUCGAGAAGGAAGAGGAGAAAGGUGUGGUUAGCGAGGAUAUCGACCCAAUCUACAAACCGACCAUGGAGGACUUCCAGCGAGUGGAACAGUGGGCAAGCGAAAGACUGAGUAUUACCAAAAAGGACUCCAAAUGGGAGGCAAAUGCCUCGCUGGUCCUUUCUUAUGUCGCAGGUGAAAAGAUUCCGAAGUCUCUGGUUGAAGAGAGAGCUCGCAAGGCACUGGAGAUGGACCCCGACAGCUGGGUCGCUGCGUACGCACUUUCUCGUGUGACAGAAUUCAGAGACGAAUCCAUCCAGAACCUUCAGAAAGCUUCUGACACUCUGAUUGGCGACACUGAGUGGCAGAAGGAACGUGGCCACAAAGGCAUCUUGGCACGAGCUAUCUACGACCUAGGAGACAAGUACUGGGCAGAUCAGAAGCAGCAGGAACAGGCGAUUACCACCUACUCCAAGAUAUUCAACUUAGGCCGGUCGAUCGAACUUUUUGAAAGCUUCAAAGGUGUUCUUCAGAAGUAUGCACAGGCCGAGCGCUGGGAUCUCAUGGUGGACUUCUUUCACCGACUUCUUGAUGAGCCUGAAGAUGGACCCAACAUGGCGGGUGACUUCGUCUUGUACGAGUUUUACGACACCGACUUCCACCCCAUGUUUGUCAAAAUGGUUCGCGCUUUGGGAAGAUUUGACCUCUUGGAUACUUUGUUCGCUCGAGCAAUCGCCAAGGCCACCACUAAAACAGAGCUUGAAGGGAUGGGAUGGGAUGACCAUCUUCGGUUCCGGUAUGGCCAAACUCUCUUUGAGAUCCCAGGUCAUGAAGAAGCUGGCAUACUGGUCUGGGAGCUUUUGCGCAAAGAAGCAACCGAUGACACCCGAGAAUGGGUAACGCGCGCAAUGGUCAAGCACACCGUCCCUGCGUGGUUAGAACUUGCCAUAGACAGCAAAGACGUCGACCCAGCACGAGCGCAGGGCUUCUUUAACAAGAUCGAGGCUCAUUAUGAGGAGCUUCAGGCCCUUGGGACACGCGAUCAGGAAUCCACCCUUGGCUUUGCUCAGUACUUUUGUUACCGUGGGGAUGUGGCCAAAGCCAAGCAGAUCUUGAAGCCGUAUGUCACAGAGAAUCUCGAGAUGCUUUGUGACGAUCGGACUGACAAUGACCAUGGUUCUCUUUGGCUACUUAGCCAGAUCUUAUCUGUGAUGCGGGACCAUGCCAACAUCCGUGCCUGUAUGGAAAUGAUGCGGCAUACCAACGGUUUUGUAGUUUGGGAAGAGUACGAGGCCGACAUGGCCAAAUACCGGGAAGAGAAAGAGCAAAAGAAGCGUGCUGAAGUCAGAGGUGAGGCCUUUAUAGGUACCUUCGAGUCAGAGCCGGAGAAGCCGGAUAGCGAGUUCCUUUGGUGUGACGGCUGCGAGGUUGGGUGGGUAUCUUAG